AGUAAUUACUGACUACUCGGUGCUCGAUCAGUCCAAGCAAUCAGAGAUAAGGAUGGUGUAAGCUGCCAACAUCAAACCGGACCAGCAACAAGUAGUGCGAACGGUCGUGCAUCUGCCACCUCUCCUACUCUCUCGUUGUCACACAGACUCGAUAAACUCUCCCCAGCUCUUUGUCUUGCUCAGACUUGUCAGGGUAUCCUAUCUAGCAGCAGCCGAGAGCUCACGACACAUGCAAUACACGGUCGUUCAUGCACUAGGUCCGUAGACGGCAGCUUUCUCAGCUCCCAAUCUCGCAUCGCCAACGGGUAGACCACUUGGCUGCCUUUGCUUUUUCUUCUUUUCUUUUCUUUUCUUUCCUUUCCUUCCAUUAAUGUUCCACGGUCCACGUUCCACACUACAAUGGCGUUUGGGAUUGCGUUGGCGUGUUCAUGUCUUGAUCUUUCCUCUGUCAACCCUCUCAAUGCAGAUAAUGUGCGUACAAUGCAAUCGCAGCCGGCACAGACUGCUUGGAAAGCUACGCAAUGUGGCAGAAAUGUGUCGCUAUCAACUUUCAAUAACCAACCACCUUUGGUGGAGAAAGACUGACGUGCAGGUUGAUGCCUGCCGCCUGGAAAAUAGCAGGGCCCCACGAAAUGUCCGAAUCAGUACCUAACAAGACCGUGACCUUGACCGUGACCGUGAGCACUCAGGUCACUCGUCCCGGCGGUAUUGACCCGAGCCGGCGGCUCGAGAACCGGGAGGCGGCAGGGAACAGCGCUUGCGAGGGACAAAAGAAUGGGCAGGGGAACGUUAGAGUCGUUUCGAGGAACAAAGAGAAUGCUGAGGUUCCUGGAGGCUGAAAGAGGAGGCGUGUUCCGGGCUCAUGGAAAAGAGAGUGUCAAAAGACGGUGAAGGGAUCAGUGGUGGUGUUGGGGUGAGCGGGAGCUAGCCGCACCUGGAGGUACCUUGGAUACCUAC